AUGGCCGCUGCUGCUUCGCCAACUACCACUGCGCUGCCGUCGCGUGCUACGACGGGAUUGAGCGAUGGUGCUAUUCCCGAGGCGGAUCCCAAUACUACCUCUGGAUUGCUUGCAGAGCGCUUGCAGGCAUGGAAACACAUGGUGGGAUACCUCGAGGAAUAUGUCGAGGCGGUGGAAAAAAUUCACGGCCGCCAGGCAAAGGAGUACGAGAAGGUCCUAAAGACCAUCUCGAACCCGCUCCGUGAGGGCCACCACUUCGACCAGAGCCUCGGGGGUGUGGCCGGCUUCUUCGAAAACAUGCGCACUAAUACCCAAGCCAUGAUCAACUCCAACCUGGAGACCGAGAAGAGCAUCAAGGGCUCCGUCCUGCCCAUCCUCGACCGUCUGCACAAGGAAAUUAAGCACAAGGCCAAGGAACUCGCCAGCGGCGCGCAGGCGGGGGCCAAGGAGGUCGAGAAGCUGCGCAAUGUGACGCAGAAGCACAUUGAGCUGCUCGGCCAGCGGGCCGCUGCGUUCGACUCCCACGGCGCAAAGAUCGACUCCCACGACGAUCCGUACGUCGUUCGCCGCGGCGUGACGCACCGCCUGAACAAUCAGGUCAUUGCCGAGAACAACCACCACAACGACCUCGUCUCUGUGCAGAACAACUUCCGCACGUUCGAGUCGCACGUCCUCGAGGUCGUCCAGCAGGCCAUGGAGGCGUUCACGCAGCUCGCCGGCGGUCAGGGAGAGAAGAUCCGCGCGCUGCACAAUGACAUGCUCGGCACGGUCCAGUGCAUCCCGCGCGAGUUUGAGUGGGCAAACUUCUCGCAGCGCUUCGCGGACAGACUCGUCGACGCUAACGACCCCCCGCGCUCUGUUGAGGCCAUUCAGUUCCCUAACAUGGAGCACGCCUCGACAAAGACGCUGAUUGAGGGGUCACUGGAGCGUAAGUCGCGCAAUAAGCUGUCGUUUGGCUACUCGACCGGCUACUAUGUGGUUACGCCUUCCAAGUUCUUGCACGAAUUCAAGGACUCGGACGAUACUCGCACCGAUCCCAAGCCCGAACUGUCUCUUUACCUCCCCGAUGCUGUUAUUGGAAGUCCUACCGGCGACAAAUUCACCAUCAAGGGCAAGGAUAAGAGUGGCACGCUGAGCAGCAAGCUCACUGGCAGCUCCGAGCUGAACUUCAAGGCUCACACCCCUGCCGAUGCCCAGAGAUGGUUCCAGGUCAUCCACGGCCUCAUCGGGUCUACUACCGUAGCGGCUGGCUCGGCUCCUACAUCCCCUGUGACGGCGACCUCGCCUACCAUGACCGCUCCGGCAGGCGCAGCGGCCGGAGGAGCCGCGGUUGCUGCCGUCGCUGGAGCCAAGUCGGAGGUUACUGAACCAAAGUCGCCUGUUGCAACGACUUCGUCGGCCGAGAAGCACCAAGCGCAGGAAGUUGGCAUUACGGGCGUGACGUCGGAAGAGAAAUCUGCGGCUGCUUAG